AGACUGCCUCUAUUCAUUUCACUCUAACGAGUAUCAGGGUUGCUGGUCCUUCCCCGGGGCUCUAACGAGCGCUGGGCUGGAGUGAAGAUGAACACAGCUCUGAGGCGCUGGAAGGAGGCGGCGACUGUCAUUCUUGCUGCAGGAACAAGGCGCAGUCCGGUCACUGAGCCGCCGCUGAGAAGCGCGGACAGAGUCACUUUCCCUCACAAGACCGCGUUCGACUACGAGGUGCUGCUGCUGCAACGGAGCGGAAAAAGCGGCUUCAUGCCCAACGCGUACGUGUUCCCGGGCGGCCUGGCGGAGGCGUCCGACUUCUCCGGCGAGUGGAUGGAUCUGUUCAAGUUUUUCCGAAAACUGCCGAACUUCGGCGUCGGGGUGGUGAAACAGCCGCUCGAGGCGAGGCCGCCCAUGUUCGUCACAGACCGAGCCCGGCUCGGCUCCCCCGUGCCGGGGGACGUCGCUUUCAGAAUCUGCGCCGUGAGGGAGACCUUCGAGGAGGCCGGGGUGCUGCUGGUUGUGCCCACUAAAGAGGCGGAGCGCUUGGUGACGAACGCUGAAGAGGCUCGGUUAGUUCCCGCAGCCGUGACUGAGCGGUGGGACAGAAGCGUGAUCGCUGAAUGGAGGUCUUUGGUCAUUCAGAACUCCUCGAAUUUCAUCCGCAUGUGUAGAGAGCUGGACUGCCUGCCUAACAUCUGGGCCAUGCACGAGUGGGGAAACUGGCUGACUCCCACUGGAGUCUACGGCAAGCAGAGAAGGUACGAUACUGCCUUCUACAUGUGCUGCCUGGAGGAGAUCCCGGACACAGUCCACGACCAGAAGGAAAUAGUGCAUUUUAAGUGGUCCAGUCCAUCGGAAAUACUUUGCAGCUACCGGGAUAGAGAGGUCUGGAUAGCACCACCCCAGUUCUAUGAUCUUGGACGAAUGUGUCAUUUCCCUUUACUGAGUGAUCUUCACGGCUUUGCCAGACAGAGAUCAUUGGAGGGCUGUGAGCAGUGGUUACCUGUUCGCCUGCUGGCUACUGACUGCUACAUAUCUCUCUUACCAGGUGACAGCCUGUACCCUGAGAAUCCAGACUACUCAGGGAAGAUGAACAGCACUGUGCCAGCAGAGAAAUGCCUAGAAGAACUGCAGAGAGAGAGUGUAAACCUGCAUCGUAUUGUGAACCAUGAUCAAUACACAGCCUCUGUACAUAUUAACAUCACACCCAAGUACAAACACCUGCCUCCUCUCGCCAGCUCAGCACACGAAAGCUCCUCAAAGCAUGACAGCAAGCUUUAAACUUGUAAUGUAGCAGAAUUAGAACUUCAGACUAAUGAAUCAGUCUCUGUGGCAGAACACACAUGAACUGCUUCAUGUAAACCUGACAGCAUUAUGAAAAUGUGUAUUACACCACUGUAAAAAUUGGUGUUUAACAAAACAGGAUUUUAAAUUUCCAUUUUUGUCCUUUUUUUUUUUUUAAACCUUUUUGCACAAGUUAAAAACACCCUUUGCGUUGUGUUGAAACUGCAUGAUGAACAAACCAACGGAAAGGUUCCAAAAUCUUAUGACCAACUUCAAUUCAACUUUUUGUUCUGACACUAUUGACGCUUAUAAAUAAACUGGGGGGAAAAAAAACUCUACAUACCGCACAUAGACAGCAGGCUUCGUUAAGACAGGUAAACAUAUUUAAGAACCUCCAUUAAAGGGGCACUGAUUUUUCAUUGUUAUUCAGAGGGGUUUGAUGUGAAAUGGUGCAUUGUAGAGAUUUCUUUACAAGGGUGGCGACAGGUAGCAGGUGUGACGAUGAACACAAGUAUAGCCAUUUCAUUUAUGCUCCAAAACAACAAGAGAACCUAAAUGUUUUAUUGAGUUUUUAUAUGCAAUUUGAUAAUGGUAAAAUAGCGUUACAUCUGGAAACUCAAAUUUUCCUGCAUACCAGAGAGCACUGUGAGUAACUAUAUAUUCUUGAUUUAAUUCCGCUGAAAUUUUUAAAAAUGGUGGGAGUUUUGUUGCGUCUCUGUGAAGAAAAUUGCUGAAAGAUUUUCUUUUUAAUUUUUUAUACCAUCAUGCUGCAUGACUUUAGCAGCCAUAUGCUAAGGGAGUUGUGGCUUUCUGUUGCUUGAUGCUGCUAGUCAUAUGAUUGUCAUAUGAUUUUUGUAAAAGCACAUUGGGUGGGGGGGGGUGAGACUUUUAAACGAUAAUUUAUGAUGUUAAACUAUUUUGAUGAGUUUAUGCUGUGAAAAUAUAUUAGUAAUAAAAUUACAUAUUUAAACUGACGUGUCCUUUGGCCCCAAGCUGAUGGCGAUUUCACCAACUAAUUUGCAAGCAGCAUGUUUCAGGCUGGUGCCUGUGGUGUCUCUGAAAGGUCAAUCAAUACUUUAAUUGACCUAUUAAAAGGUUAUAAGUAGAGACGGCAUAUCAGUAUCAGCUGAUAUAAAUGCCGGAUCAGAUAUUGGAGGAAAAAAGAAUGAAUCUGAUCCAGUCCUGUAAAAAAUCUAGCCUGAAAUAGCACACACUCAGUGUGACGUUAGCUGUGUAUUUCUUCUGUGGGGUGGUACACUUUCUCCCUUUUUGAUAUAAACUGGGUGGUCUUUAUCUUAGGCUUAAGCCUUACCAAUCACAAGGCUGAUUGCUUUAUUAAA